AUGAAUGAAAAGGAAAUCAAGAACACUCGCAAAGCACGCUUGACAAGAUCAUCAUGUGCAUGCAUUAAAAGGACUCAAAAUUCUAUAUAUUUGAAGGGAGAAAAUAAAAACCUCAAAACCAAACCAUAUAUGCGAACCCUUUUGUUGUUGUUGUAAUUUGCAACUAUGAAGCAAAACCAGCACCCAUUAAUAAUAUUAGCUUUCAACUUGCUUCUUUUCUUUAUGAUUUUUCUCGUAUGCCCAACUUACUCGUUAACGAUUCCAAGAUUGAGUCCCAUUGCUGAAUGGGAAAAGACUACUACUGCUGAUGAUUAUUCAGAUGUGAAAACAUUUUAUUACAAUCAAACUUUAGAUCAUUUCAACUAUAAUCCUCAAAGCUACCAAAUAUUUCAGCAAAGAUAUCUCAUCAAUUUCAAAUAUUGGGGCGGGGCUAAUUCUAAUGCUCCAAUAUUUGCCUUGUUAGGUGCUGAAGAACCAAUUGAUAGUUCUCCCCCAUUCAUUGGAUUUUUAACAGAUAAUGCUGCUUCCUUUAGUGCUUUAAUAUUAUACAUAGAGCAUCGAUAUUAUGGAAAAUCUGUGCCAUUUGGUUCUAGAGAAGAAGCAGUGAAGAAUGCAAGUACUAUUGGAUAUUUCAAUUCAGCUCAAGCACUAGCAGAUUAUGCACAAGUCAUCAUACAUGUAAAAAAGACACUACACGCCAAAAAUUCACCCGUCAUCGUAAUUGGAGGAUCAUACGGUGGAAUGCUUGCCACAUGGUUUAGGCUCAAAUAUCCACACUUAGCCAUUGGUGCCUUGGCUUCAUCGGCUCCAAUUCUCUACUUUGAUCAUAUUACACCACAAGAUGCCUACCACUCAAUUGUGUCAAGGGAUUUUCGAGAAGCUAGUAAGACAUGCUAUGAAACUAUAAGAAAGUCUUGGGCUGAAAUUAAAAGAGUAGCUUCUCAAUCAAAUGGUCUUUCCAUUCUUAGUCAGAAAUUCAACACUUGCGAACCAUUAAACCAAAUUGAUGGCUUAGUAUACUCUUUGGAACUAAUGUAUAUAUCUGCGGCACAAUACGAUCGUCCACCAGAUUAUCCAGUUAAUGUGAUUUGUGGCGGUAUUGAUGGAGCUUCUUCUAAAAGUUCAGAUAUUCUCAGCAACAUAUAUGCAGGUGUUGUGGCUUUUACGAAAAGCAACGACACAUGCAAAGUUUAUUAUGGCCCAUUUAAUGGAUCUGAGACCAGUGAGGGUUGGAGGUGGCAGACAUGUAGUGAAAUGGUGAUACCCAUCAGCAUAGGAAACAAUUCCUUAUUAGAACCUUCCCCUUUUAAUUAUGAGAGCUUUGCGAGGGAUUGCAAGGAAAAAUUUGGUGUUGCCCCUCGACCCCAUUGGGUCACUACUUAUUAUGGAGGCCAUGAUAUCAAGUUAGUUCUUAAAAAGUUUGGCAGCAACAUCAUUUUCUCAAAUGGGUUAAGAGACCCUUAUAGUAGUGGCGGGGUUCUUAACAACAUAUCAGAUAGUCUUAUUGCUGUCCACACAGUUAAUGGAUCUCAUUGCUUGGAUAUGUUGGGUGCAAAGAAAACUGAUCCAAACUGGUUGGUGGAACAACGGAAGACAGAGAUUAAGAUUAUGAAAGGGUGGAUCACUCAAUACUAUGCUGAUCUUAAAUAAGUCCAUUCAAAGACAUGAAAAUUUCAUAUAUAUGACUAUAUGAGGUCUUUAUUUGUGAAACUCAAAUAAAAGAGUUAGUUUUGGUUAAUCCAUUAUUACUUUAA